AUGUUGCUCAUUGUAAGAACCUCAAGGAUUGCCUUGAAUUGGGACCUAUUUUGUGGCCUGAUCAAUGUAUACUUCACAGUGAGUAUUGGUGCAUCCCGUUUGGUCGAUCGAAGAGUCGCUGAAUGGAAUGCUUUCGGUUCACUGACCGAUGUUCGCUCCUUGACACAUUUGCAAUCCGAAUACUGUUUGGAUAGCACUACUAGCACUAGCUCGCCAGAAAAAACAAAAUGGAUAACACCCACCAGGGAACCGUUUUAUGAAUCGGAAUAUCUACCCGCACCAUUACACGUAAACAUAUUUGAACAAAUUUGUCUCAUUAGUUCCGGUCAGGAACCCUCGGUAAACCCGGUUGCUCUGGCCGAUUACAAUUUGCUUCAGUCCGGUGCUCAGAUUUGUCCGACCACAGACGCCUCAAUAGAUCUGCUCAUUUUGAUUCAAUCUGCACUGAAAAAUUCCCAUCAGCGUAAAAUCUUGCGAGCCAGUUGGGCCAAUGAAUCGCAAUGGUUUGGAGCACGUGUACGACAUGCAUUUCUCCUGGAAANUUUACCACCCGACACUGAUCAGUAUGAUCCGACGUUGGCCACCGAAUUUUCCACACAUCGAGAUAUAGUACAGACUGACCAAGAUGUGGAUCUAAUGAAUGAAACGACGAAACUGAUACACGGAUUUCGCUGGUCUCUGGCGUUUUGUCCUCAAGCGAAAUGGCUACUAUUCGUUCGAGAUGACGUCACAGUGAUCCCGUACAACCUUAUCGGUUUCUUGCUUUCGGUCAGUGAAGCCAUGAGACAACGUCUGAUAGCCGGCACAGUUUGGGAUGAUCCGCUACAAUCCAGUGUGAACAAUUUCCUCUUUCCGGGGAAAAACUGGACUGUCAACCGAGGAAAAGAUCGCUAUCCCACAUUUGUAGCCACAUCACCUAUGCUUGUCAGUACAGCAUUGUCGCCCAUCUUGUACCUGACUAUGCGUUUUACCGAGUACAUUGAUCAGCCAGAGCUGUUCUUUNUCUUUGCAGCUGUUAUGCACAAGCUGUUCAUUAUCCCGGCGCAUGUGGAGCGCUUCUAUGCUUUCGAUCGCAAACCGAUCACCGAACAGGAACGGAAUUUUGCCAUUGCAUAUCCCGAUUCCUGA